AUUUUGGCUUUAAUCCGUCGCGGAGCGGAUAAAGCUAGUAUAACACAUCCCAUUCUAGAGAGGCUGCGAAGGUUUGGUGGGUCGAAAAGCGCGCGAACGCAGUACUGCGCCGAUGCCUGUGCGCAACGCACGCUCGCGCGCGACCUGUCACCACGGGUGACAGCCCCGUACUGAAACGCAAACGUAAAUCUCGUUUCAUAAAUACGAUUUUAUUCAAAAAUGGAACGCAUGACUUUUAAACGCUCCUGCGUCGAUCUUACUUAAUUACUUUAUGGUAUAAAAAUAUUGUGUAUUUACAAAUAUUUUGUUAUUAAGACUUUAUUUUGGAUGUUUUAGUGUAUGGAAUGGAUUGAAGUGACAAUUUUUUUUUCUGAAAAAUCAAAUUGUGUUAGUGUGUUCCGAAUUCAGUGCUAAACACUUUGUAAGGUCUGCGUAAUUUUGUUUGAUCAGUUAUGUGGUUACAAGGGCGUGAAUUUUGACUCGUUAGAGGUGUGAACUGAAAACGUGUACACAACUGAAUUUUUUUGUAAUAUUUAUUUGAGGAGAGUAUUUCUACAGAUCUGUAUGCUUUGGCGUAAAAGAAUUAACAGAAGAACACCAAACUUGAAAGGGUUAAACGCUGGCACGGAGAGCCUGGCGUGCCAAUGAUGCCAACUGUAGGGGCCCCGGGGGACGCCAGUCAGAGCGUGCCAGUGAUACAUCCGCCUUGCCAUCAUGUUCACGAGGUUCGAUCAAGGCAAAUCAACGAAAGGCGCAUCCAAACUCCGGCGCGACCUGAUCAACGCAGAGAUCGCCAACCUUCGGGACCUCCUACCCUUACCGCCGUCGACGCGACAACGUCUCUCCCAGUUGCAACUCAUGGCGCUUGUGUGUGUUUACGUCAGAAAAUCAAAUUAUUUUCAACAAGUUUUCAAGCGCUUUGAGAUCAACCAACAGCCGUCAACCACACCAAACUUCGGAUUUUCCAAGGCCCUAAACGGAUUUCUAAUGAUGAUGACGCAAAAUGGAAAACUCCUCUACAUAUCAGACAAUGCGGCGGAAUAUCUAGGACAUUCAAUGGAGGACCUCCUCAUCCACGGCGACAGUGUGUACGACGUCAUAGACAAGCAAGACCAACAAACAGUCCGGUCUGAGCUCUCUCGGGCGCCCACCGACGGUGAAGACCGGGUCUUCCUUUGUCGGAUGAACGUCGCGAGGAACGCGCGGCGGCAGAUGCGGUUUGGUGAUCAGAAGGUGGUGCUAGUCCGAGGUCACUACGUGUCAUAUUUGCCGCUUUGCAGCCGCAACGAGCCAGUAUUCCUGGCCGCAUGCACGCCGCUAGCCAUGCCCGAGACACGAGAGUGCGUCGUGCAUGGCGCUACCAAUGUCUUCACCACCGUGCAUGCGAUGGACAUGAAGAUAUUACACAUCGAUGUUAAUAGCGAGUGGCACCUGGGCUGGGAGCGGAGCGCGCUGCACGGCGUCAGCUGGUACCAUCUACUGCAUCCUGACUGCUGCAAGGAAGCGCAGAAUAAACAUCGACUGAUAACGCAGUCGGAACAGGAGCGCUCGUGCAUCGCUCUUCUGCGGUUGCAGCGUCGUUGCGGACAGUUCCUCUGGGUCCACGCCGUGCUGCAGCUCAAGGACAACCUGGAGAACUCGCAGCGGCCUGUCAUCGUUUGCACUAACCAGGUGUUAAGUGAACAAGAGGCAGCAGUGAUGAAGGCGAAUCCAUGGCUCUACCACUACUAUGCCGUACAGUCCAAACUACACUACGGAUUAGCGUACGAGGCAGCGACGAGGAUGUACGGGCCGCCCCCACCCGAUAUACAAGUCUACCCUCCAACGAUGCAGUACACGCCAACGCCACCCGUCUGUUUGAAUGGGAACCAACCUGUUAUGAUGCCAAACGCUGGAAUCCAACCUCAUAUCCCACAUGUUCCUCCGCACCUAACACCGAUACAUUACGCUUACGAGAGGCACGACAAUAUACCGGUGGACUACUCAGUAUCAUUACAGGAGAACAGAGCAUACCUCAAUCUACGGAUUGACGAAACGAGGUCUCAACCCAGUGCCAAGAGGAAAGGGAAACAACCUCUAGAAAAGACACCUGUAACUAAUUUAUCACCGCGUUUCUCAACUAACACUGGAGACACUUUGGUGGCGGUCGCAACGUCGAUAACAACACGGAGACCAGGGUCUAAGAACAUCAGUAUGACAGAAACAGAGAUGAUGGACCAAUGGAAUCCGAGUCCGACGUGGUCGGAAUCGGCGUUGCAGAAAGUUCCAGAUGUGUGUCAACAGGAUCUAAGUCCUUACGUGACAACGACACCGCCAACGCCUUCUGGCACGCCAACAGCUUACUCCCAAAAUUAUGGCCACACGUUUGUAUUCGACUGGUCACCAGAGCAAUACGUUCCUCACACUAACAAUAGAUGUAGUACAAUAACAACGGAAAGUUCCUAUCAGCAAACAUGGAAUAGAAAUCAAAGAACGACCUUCGCCAGCAAUGGUGAUACUAUGGUCGAUGAAAACUGUAAUCCUAAUAGAAUAAGUUUACCAAUGAGGGUUAGUCGAACGCCACCAGAACAAAAUAUUACUAGAGAAGGCGAAACGCUUAGAAGACCAAUGGAUCAUCCUCAUCCAGAUUCUCCAGGGGCCAAAAAGCCAGCGUUAUAACUGUAAAUUAACUUAAUAAAAUGUUUAUAUUAGUGUAUUAUGUUGUUACCUUAUACUCGUAGAUAAUAAAAUAUGUCCACAAUAAUGUACCUACGCAAAAUUCGGUCACUUAUAAUGCUGUUAGAAGUGAGAGUUUGUGAAUAAUAGAUAUAUGUAAAUCGUUGCUCUUACUACGACUUGCUGCUCCCUGUUAACCUAUAGCAGUUACGAGGUAAGGAUCUCCUUAUUAAAACGCUUUUAGAAAGACGUUAGGCUCCUUAUGUUCUUCUAUCCCUUGGGUGACUUCUCGUACUCUUUCUAAAGCAAAACUGCGCUCGGUUUAACUACCCACUGACGCUGCUACGAUUUGUAAUAAGAUAAGCUUAUAGUAACCUACUCGUAGCAAAUCUUAGACCAUUUAAUGGUAUAAGUAGCAAAUACAUGAUCAGAAAAAAAACUACCAUUUGUUGUAUUUUUUAAUCGUUUAGCAUUAUCUACUUUUUUUAAGCAGCAUGACAUCUAGAAACAGGGCCUGUAUACUCAGACAUACCUUAUUUUAAGUUUUACAUCGUAAAGUGAAGUAUGCAUAGAAUAUAAGUAAGUAUGGGCUACCACAGGCAUCCUGAAAGCUAACCGCUUAAUAAAUGACCGUGAGAUGCGUACGUACAGCAAGAGGUAAAAGUUCUGGAACUCUCCUGUGAUCUAUGUGUUUUUAAGAUGUAAAAUAUAUAUAAUUACAAUAUUGUACAAAUUUUACCAUCACAUAAAAUGUGAUUAUUAAUUAGCUACGAAAAUGUAUAUUUUGUAUAAAUAUAAUGUAAAGAAACUUUUAAUUUGGUAAUUAUUUAAGAAAUUAAAAACUUUUAGUUAACUGUUAAAUGAAGAAGACAUUAUUAAAAUUUUCAGUAUUAGUAAUAAGUAGAGAAAAUUGUCUGUACAUUGACUACAGGGUGACUAUAAUUUUUUUUGUUGUAAAAAUGUAGAAACUUAAGUUUAAAAACAUCACACCUGAAAAAUAUAAAAAGUAGGUACUUACCUACAAUUAUUUCAAGAAAAAUUACCAAUCAUAAUUGGUAUGCUGGAUUAUUUGCUUGACCUUCAUAAUCCUUUUACAUUGAUGUCUUUUACAAAAAAAUAUUUUGUAACAUUAAAAUGUGAAAUAUGUUUUGAUGACUAUAAUUUUCCUAAACCAACCAAGUUAGCAAAAGACAUCUACUUGCUAACUGGUCAAAAAAUUGCAAAGCUAACAUAAAACCCUCUACAUUUAUGUUUUACUCAAAAACCUGAGCAUCAUAAAGAAAUGUUGACUCUAUAAUGCAAAUCAAAAAGACUUUGCAAUUGAAUGUCGUAAAACAUAGAUGAUUUUCUGCCAGAUCAGAGUGAUAGGGUAAUACUUGAACUAGGUUCAAGAAAAUAUGUAUCAUAAAAUAUAAUAUUGAGGCAAAUAAAUCUAAUUUGAAUUUAAAUUUUGAAUAUGAUAUUGUCUUUUGGAUCCAUCGGUUCUUCAUGGAGAA